UUACCAUAAAUAUAGCGACCCCUUGAAAAUGACAAAAACUAACUAUUCGAGCAACACUGUUUAAGUUGCUAUGCUCUAGUUACCAAGGAGCAACACAAUAAAUAAACAAACAGUUUGAAAUAGUUGUGGAAUAAUUCCACCGUUUUGAAUUUUUGUGUCUUUUCCUCUAAUUAAGUGAAUUCCGGAGAGAUAUUAAAUAAUGUGGAUCAUCAUCAAUGAAAAUUAUGAUAAAGUUGAGUGCAGGUUACCAAUGCACGGCCACGGCCUCACUGCCCGCCGGUCUUCGUUUCAUCGGACCUCGCGGCAGCCGCCUCACCACCAGCAGAACGAUGUUAUCGUCCCGCGAGCACCCGCGGCUCUUCACCAACAACCACAGCACUGACAGCCACAAUCGCCCGAGAUUCAGCGCAUCACUGUGUGCCAUCCGCGGGGGAGGACCCCCCGGGAUGUUGACCACGGCACCACCCUCCAACAAUACAGCCUCGCCAACCGGAACCCGGCGACCGAUCUACACCCAUCCGAUACAGGACACCACCCUUACGAACCAUCCGUCAGCUGAUGUCCCACUGGAAUGCCGACCAGGACCUCCCCGCGGCCGAAGCGGAAACCGACCAGGACCGAACUACAAGAAUACCCCUCAUGAAAUGUAUACAAAAUUGUAAAUUGUAAUGUACCACUGUAAA